CAGAGGCUUCUGGGAGGAGGUUUGUCCCCCCGCGGCCGCCGUCCUCCAGCUCGUUACAUUGUUGCAGAUACAGCUGUGCGGGGGGAGGAGGAGGAGAGUCCGCCCAACAGCGACCGGGAGCCGGGACCCAUCCGAGCAGCCUCUUUCAUGGUUCUUUAAUGUGAACUGAAACACUGGAAUCGCACAAGGGUUAAAUCGAGAUCAAAUCAUGACCGAUAUUCCGAUCGAUAAAUCCAAUCUGCCGCGGGUCAAUGAAGUUUGCCGGGACUUUGCGGUCCUUGAAGAUGGCGCUCUCGCUCACUGUCUACAGGAACAGGAAAUUGAGCAGCAUUACGCCUCCAACGUGCGGAAGAACAAGCUGGUGCAGAAGGAUAUCCGCAUCGCCAAGAAGCUGCAGGACGAGGAAGAUCUACAGAGCAAAGUCUUCAGCCUGGAGCAACAGAAGCAAAUAGAAGAAUUAGAUUCGGAAUACGCUCGAGCCGUCCAGGAAGAACUACAGAGGAAAGCCCAGGAAUGUCUGCAGAGGGAAGAGGAAGACAAGGAAAUCGCCAAGCGGCUGCAGCAGCUGGAGGAGGAAGAGCUGCAGAGGAACGUUCAGGAGAGGUCCCGGGGAGAUCCCGGCAGCCGGCAGCGGCCAUACCUGACGUCUAUGGACAAUGCGGAGGAGGAGGAAUAUCCCUCGAAGCAGCAGAAUGCCUCCGACUACAGGCGAGGACACAGGAGCUCCGAGAGGGACCACAGCGCCAAAACCCCAGAGGAGCAUCCUGGGAGAAUGGUCUCCGGCCGCGUGUCCUUCGGCCAAGUCUAUUAUGACAGCUCCAGAACCCCCGAAGUAUGGAAGGAGCCCGGCCGCAAAGAUCCGCAAGUGCCGUUUCCUUACAGGAGUCAUCGCAGUUCCUCAGAAAGAAGCCCGUGUCAUCCCAGCAGCUCAGAGGGAACGUCCAGCCGCGAGCGCGACAUGGGCCGAAAAGAGGAGAAAGUCAGGGGUCAUCGAGACAGACAUUGCCGGCAUCAUUCGGAACGGUGCAGACGCUCCAGCUCGGACAGCGACGACUGCCCGGAACAUUGUGUUAGGGAUAAGAGGAGCCGACGCUCGCAAUGGAACCAAAACCACGAUCCUCGUCACCACCGACCGUCCAACAAGCCUGCGUGUAGGAUAUCGAGUCACGGUCUGAGCGCAGGAAUUUCCAGAGAACAUGGUGAGGAGACCCGGCCGAGCCUCAACAUAGAACCACUCGACUGGAAAAUGGCCGAACUUCACGUCCAGAGCUCGGACCAGCUCCUGAAGGACGAGGAGUUGGCGCGCCGGCUCCAAGAAGAAGAAGAGAAGCGAAUAGCCAAGCUGAAGCGUCACGACCAACGCGAGGACUUCAGGGCGGCUCAGGUGGCACAAGAUGAGGAAAUAGCCAAGUACAUCCAGCAGCAGGAGCUGAGAGCUCAGCGGAGGUCGGAGGAUCUGGACAUGGCGGCCGACAGCGAUGAUGAUGAUGGGAGUAUUUGUAGCUUCACUGACAGGAGGAGUAUAGGGAUGAAGAGUGACGUGCCUUCUAACCAAGGGCCCCUGGACUCCGAGGGCCUGGCCUCACCCACCGAGUGCCGUACGCCUGAGAAGAUGGAGUUUACAGCAGUGGAAGGAAAUCUGGACCAGAACACACUCCGCUCACCCAGGAACAUUGCUGAAGAACUCGACCCCACGUUUAAGUCCAAGAAGGAUUCCCAGCCGGACGUGUUUGCGGUCUGUCCGCCAGAGUUUCCGGUAUCUACUCAGACCCAACCUGUCCCAGUCGACGGAUUCUACGACUUCAUGGACGACGGCGCCGACCCGAUAUUUAUACCGCCGACCAAGAGGCAGCCAGAAAAAAUGGGGCGCGGCAAACCCAAAGACAAGAAGGAGGGGUGCAAGCAGCAGUGACCCCGCCCCCCGCGCCUCCUCGUAGCCGUCAUCUUACUUCUUGCCAAACGUUUUGUGUUCAGUGUCAAGUCAUCAUGGUGGGCGAUCCUCGGCGCGCGUCUACACAAGUGGAAUUAACUCAUUCAGGGAUGAAGACGAUAAUCUGAUUUUCUCGCAUUCAGGUGCCUUAGGCAUUUUAUUAUCUGAGCGUUCCGGUUCAGGACGGAGAAGCACAUUUUAGUACCAAUUGUCCAGUCUACAGAGAAUCUGCGCGCAUUCGGCGAGCAUCGCGGCUCAUUCAUCCAUCCACUUCGCCCAAUUCUCUUUUUUUCGUCCCCUAAAAUUAAAAACGAUUAUAAAUUUUGAAAGGUAUCAAUCUUCAGAGACGACCCGCGAACCGUCCCCCGUACUGAUCUGAUAGAAUUCUUAUUAUUAUUUGCGAUUCUUCUCAUAUCGAUAUCACUAGUCGCUGAUUUUUAUUUUUUUUACCUUUUUUUCGGUUUUACUGUUCAGUGUUUAUCAGACUUUGUAUUGAGGUUAAAUGCAGCGUUUGAUUCCAGUAUUUUUUUCUUUAAAGAUUUUUGCACUGAUUAAUUAUUAUUUCUUUUUUUUUAUUUGAAUAAUUUUUGGUGCUUUUUGUGUAUAGAUCCCAAAUGCCUUUAGAAUUUUACUUUAAAA